AUGCCUUCCACGACCAUUACAUCGCUUCUCUGGCCCGCAGGCAGUGGUGUAGCUAUCACAGGCGAGGUUUUCGAGGCUGAACCCACUGCAACACGAUACAUGCUACGAGGUUGUAAGGACACCGAGUGCGACUACCAGACAGCGUUUGUCAAUCUCGGCCCAUGGGCCAGCGAGACGCUACGGAAAGGCGCUGCCGAGACAGGAGUUUACGAUGUGCACGGAACUGUCGAUGGAACUGUAUACUCCAGCGUCUGUGAAAUGAGCCGGUCCGUAAUUGAGAAAUGCACAGUAUCAAUGCAAUCUGGGUUCGAUGAUUCUACCGAGUACACAACAACUAGAACAAAGGGCGAGACGGGUGUAGAUUUCACCCUUUCAUACCACGCUGUCACUCUCACUCGCGGAUUCGAGAAGUUUAUAUCCGUGACGGACGGCACCCCAGCUAGCAAAACUUCAUCUACUGAUAAGGCUUCCUCGACCGGCGAGGCUUCAACGGCCACCGACACCGGCCUUGAUAGCGCAACAGAUGACCCCAGCAGCACAAUCACGGACAUCCCAAACAAAGCAGCCACUGCCACGGAAUCGUCUGGCUCGACUGUUCCUACGGAUGCGGAUUCAGCCGGGUCUCGACCUCUGGUUCGUGCAUUCGCUGCUCUGGCUUUAGCCGGAAUGGCAACCGCGUUGGUUAUUUAA